AUGACUACUCAGCAUCACGUAGGGGAGGGCUACAGCCAGCGUAACCCAGUGCCCACCAUCGAGCGCUUCCGUCAAGAAGAGGAAGCUAGAGAAAGAGCAGCGGCAGCCAACGCUACUCAAACCGCUCAAAGCGCUGCUGAGGAAGCUGCUCCCUCCAAGCAAGUGCCCCCUCCUGUGCCUGUAAAGGAGGAGAAGAGUACCCCAGAGAAUGACCCUGCCGUCGACAAGGGAGCAGCUGGAUCCGGUUCUGGUGGAGGUGCUGAUGAGAAGGAGCGUUUAAAGCGCGCUGCUCAGCCUCCUCAGGAGAAGCCCACUGACUUCGUUGCCAAGGGCAAAAGGUGAGUGCAGAAGCAGCUCCUUACCGCAGCGGCUGAAGAGGGUUGCUGUGUAUGCGUCCACUUGUGAUCUAAGCGCCCUCUUGACUCCUUCAGACGGGUCAAAGACCCAACUACUGGCGCUGAUGUGGAGAUUGAAGAUCAAAAGCCGUUCAAUCUGCAUCCCGAUCAGCUCGAAUCUAAGAAGCCAUCUGCAAAGGCCAACAGCUUUAGCGGGCGUCUGCCUACUAGUGCAGAUGCCUACUGUACCCUUCUGACAGCUCCAAUCGGUGCCCCGCCUACCAAUGUGCUGCUUCAGCCUUUCCCGGCCCCUCUCGACUCCGAAGGGCUGGCCAAGCUGCGAGGCAACUUUAGGAAUUUGGGCAUCGCACUUGGAGUGGCGAUGUGAGUACAGCGCGGUAUGACCUGGCGAUCACAAAAAGCGGGCCUCACUCUUUCGUCUUCUUCUCAGGUCCGUCGUGUGGUUCAUGACUGCCUUUGGAGCAGGUUACUGGAGGUUCUUUGUCCGUUCGAUCCUCAUUGGAGGUGUCGGUCUGGGCGGUGGAGCUGUGCUCGGUCUCGCCGCAAACAAGAUCGAGACGGAUCUCAAGCAGGUUCGAGCUCAGAUGGCCACACAGCGUGGUCAGGGAUUCUCUCCUAAAGAGCCUUGCCUUCCUGAGGGUGUAGAGUGGAUCAAUGCAGUCAUUGCAACAGUGUGGAAACAGAUCGAUCCAGCCAUCUUUGCAACGCUGGCUGAUACUAUCGAGGACGUUAUGCAAGCUGUAAGUUAAUCUCGUGCGUUGCUGCUUGAGCACAACGAAACUAGGUGGCUUAAUUGGAACGCUUUGCUUCCGACAGAGUCUGCCCGGGUUCAUUGAGGCUGUCAAGAUUAGCGAUCUUACGCACGGAGAUGCCGACUCCGCCCUGCGCUUCACCCACUUCAGGGCUCUCGCUGAUAAGCAGGGCGACCGCGAGUACCCCCGCGAAGAGUGGAUUGACCAAGGAAAGAAGCCUAGCCCCUCCGCUGACGAUAAAUCUGGAGAGAAGCCCAAGCCUGUCGAGAAUGACGCUGAUGGCGAUGGCAUUGCUGAUGAAGACGAGGUGAGUCAAGCCAAGAAGGGCAUCAAGAAUGGUUCAAGCUUUGCUGAUAUGGCAUUGCCUCGAAUGACUCAGUCGGGCGACUUCCUCAACCUCGAGGUCGGCUUCGUCCUCAUGAAGCGACCUGAUCAAAAGGCUAAGGCUGCAAGUCUUCAGAUCUCCUUCUUCUUGGGAGCGCUGAGUGAGUUUGGCUUGCGCGCGAUGAGGUGCGAACGCUGUCUGACGGUCGUCUUCUCGUCCGCUAGACUUGUUCCGCUUUCCUUUCAACGUCUGGGCUGAAGUGACAGGUCUCAGUGGUGUGGUGCGCUUGCGAGUGCAAUUCGUGGCUGCUGCGCCCUUCGUUCGGUGCGUCCAUGAGAAGCAAUGUCAAAGUCAAAGAUGAAGGCCGCUGACACUCUCUGAACCAAUCGUCGACCGUUCAUAGCAACGUCACAAUUUCCCUCAUGGGCGUGCCAGACGUCGCUGUCAAUGUGGUUCCGGGCAGCAGAGCGCUUCCUAAUGUCUUGGGUACGUCAUAGAAUAAGACUGUUCCGAUACCACCGCGUGCUUAUCCUUCACUUUGUCUUUCUCCUCAGAUCUACCCAUGGUUUCGGGUUUCGUCAAGUCGGCUAUCGCAGCUGCCUGCGCAGAAUACUGCGCGCCUAAGAGCCUCACCAUGAAUGUAGGAGACAUGCUGGCAGGCGCGCCGGCAAACUCUGACGUCGAUGCAGUGGGAGUGCUUGUCGUGCACAUUCAGCGUGGCGUUGACCUCAGCGCACAAGACGCCAGUGGAUCAAGCGACCCGUACGUCAUCGUCUCGCUCGCCAAGUUCGGCAAGCCUCUAUACUCUUCUCGAAUCAUCUUCGAGGACUUGAACCCGAACUUCAACGAGUAUGCAUUUGUUCCUGUCACCUUGGAUGAUCUACGUAACAACGAGGUCCUUUCUAUCCAGCUGUGGGACUCAGACCAGCGCACAGCUGACGACAUCGUUGGCCGCAUCUCUCGCGACGUGCGAGGCCUUACCAAAGGAGAAACGAAGAAUCGCAUGGUCGACUACGAAGACCCCCUCAAGGGCUUCGAGGAAGCUGACAAGAUGCAGGGCUCUCUCAAGUGGCGUGGAGGUUGGUUCGAGAAGAAGGAGUUUGAUCGUCUGCUCUUCGAACAGGCUGAGGCUCGCCGCAAGGAAAAGAUGACUGAAGUCGAGAAGAAGGCGAAGGAGGCUGAAGUCAAGGCUGCACAGGAGAAGGCGAAGAAGGAGGGCAAAGCUGUCGAAGACACCGAGCUCACCGCGCUCAAUACUCCUCCUAGCCCUGAGUAUCCGACUGGCGUACUUCAAAUCGUUGUCCAUCACAUUGUCGGUCUCGAAGAACGCGAGGUGGAGAAGGGUGUCAGCGGCAAGGCACGCGAGUCUGGCGCUAGCGGUCAGGAUGUCGAGGAGAAGGACCUUGAGCUCAGGCUGCCCUCAGGAUACAUCGAGCUCGCCAUUGAUGAUUCCAUCGUCUACAAGACCCGCACCAAGAUGGCGACGAACAUGCCCAUCUUUGAGGCCAAGACGGAGAAUGUUGUGCGCGACUGGACGAAAUCGGAGGUGCGCCUCAUCGUGCGCGACGCCCGCACGCGCGAGCUCGACCCUAUCAUGGGCAUUGCGCAGAUCAACCUCAAGGAAGUAUUCGAGAAUGAGUCCUCAGUGCAGCGCUACUUUGCAAUCUCUGACGGCAUCGGAUACGGCAAAAUUCAGGCCACACUGAUCUGGCGCUCCAUCAAGCUCAAGGAGGACAUUCCUGUCUCGCUGCUUGGUGCUGACACCGCGACCGUCGAGCUUCUGAGCGCCAUCUCCAUCGACGUGGACGAGGAGCACGAGUCAUUGCGUAAUCAAAAGAUCUCUGUCACUACCGGUGACGUCACACAGAAGCUCAGCGCCAUUCGCAAGCAAGAAGGCUUGUCUAUCGGAGAUGACGAGGCGGAGAACGGCGCAUUGGCUCGCUUGCCCGUCUACGACAGACACGCGUCGACCCUUGCCUUUAGCUUCGGCGGAGGCAUCAAGCUCGGCCCUUUCGGAGGCAAAGUGGACGCUGUCGCUGUGGUCUCUUUGCUAGACCUCGAAGACGAGGAGAUCUACGAGCUUGAUAUUCCCCUGCUCGCUGGCGACAAGCUUGGUACCCUUGCUCGCAAUCACAUCGAUGACUGGACGCUCGAAACUCACAAGGCGCAAGAAAUCGGCAAGCUGAAGGUGAAGAUUCGCGUCGAUCCGGGCCUGGACGGAAAUCACGCUGCUGUUGCGAAAGGACAAGUGCGUCGCCACGAGCAAGAAGUGUACGAGCGCUUGGUAGGCAUGCCAGAGACUGCCGAGAAGAACGCGCACGCCGACGAUGAUGGAGUCAUCGACCGCAAGGAGCAGAAGGCUAUCGACAGAGCCAAGACGGAUGCUCUGCAUGCCAGACACCGAGGAGCGUACGGAUACGCACCCGUCAGGACUGGUGCUUGGGCUAAACAGGGCGUCAAGGACCGUGUCAGACGUUACUCGCUCAAGCUGCGCGGAAAGGACACCAAGGAACGUCAGGUCGCUUCAGAGACGGGCGCCUGA